UCAGGGCACUCCGUGGAUUAGACCUGGAGAUGUCUGCUCAAGUUAAACCUUUGACUUCUUUUCUCAUAGAAGACAUUCUAGCUUUCAAGGACCACACAGAACUCAAAAACAAAUGGUGCUUUCCGAAGACAGAGACAUGUUCAGAGUGGGCAGAGGAGCGGAUAUCAGAAGAGUGUAACUCAGACAGCACCAGUGACAUGCAGACAGACUCUAUGGAUGUCCCCUGUGCCAGCUCCUCUGAGUCCUCCGGCCCCUGUCCCGAUGGCAGACAGAAGCGCUCUAGAGCAGCGUUCACUCACCUUCAGGUGAUGGAGCUGGAAAAGAAGUUCCACCAUCAGAAAUACCUAUCUGCCCCGGAGAGGGCUCACUUAGCCAGUGCCCUGAGACUGACUGAGACCCAGGUAAAAAUCUGGUUUCAGAACCGCAGGUACAAGACCAAACGCAAGCAGCAAACUGAGUUUUCAAGAGAAAUGUUUAAAGUGGACGAGAUGGUUCAAAGAGACAAUUUUGUGAGAGCUACUUUGCUCACAUCUUUCUGUAAAACCUACCAGUGCAGUCCAUAUCCUUGGGACUAUGGUUCCAUGUGGGGCCUAACAUUAUUGUAGAAAUUAAGAAAUUAAUUGUUAUCCAGUGG